AUACAUUUGUAUUAAAACGUAUUCCCCCGUAUAUACUGACUCAUUCAUCGCAGUCGCACGAGUCCGAUCGAUCUGUCAGUCGAGCGAGACUGCCCGCUCUGAAAGGGUUGCUGCCUUCCAUUCCCGCAUCGAUCGAAUCGAUUUACACGCGAAUAUUGUUCCCUAAAAAUAGCAAUGAAAUCCGCCCAAAAUCGUAACUUUUGAAUACGAGGCGGGAAGAUAAAGAUAAGAGACGGACUUAGAUCUGAUUAACGAGGAGGAGAAUCGAUGUAAAGAUACAUCGUAAUGCGUAUUUGUUCAUCCCUAUCGUUGGGAAUGAAAGAGUGAGGGGGAGUUAGUGAAGGGUUGAGUGAAGGGAAAGUGCGGUAAAAGUUUAAAAAUUUGACAAAUGUAAUUUGUACGGGAUGCAAUUGUCGAUAAAUUAAUCGAUAAAUCGAAUAAGUUUAAAUCGGAUAUUGAAAAGUAAUAUAUCGAGGAAUCGAGUGUCGGGUUAAAUGCAAAAUCCAAGAAUCGAUUUUAUGCAUUUAAAAAUUGUAUCGGUAAUGUUAAAGGGUGACAGUUUUAUGAUGUGCAUUAUCAGUAUGACUAUCGCUUACAAUAAUGGCGACAGCUCACGAUGCAUCGAGUUUGAAAGGUCGCGACAAAAGAUUCGGGAGGGUAUACGGAAUCGAAUUUACUCGAGGACCAUAAUACUCCCUGUAAUCGCGCGCCACUCUUCGAAAGAAAUCGCGAUCCUUCGAAACUCGACGAAAGACAUGUCUCAAGUUCCUCUUAUCGCCGCCGAAGAAACUUCAACAACGGAAUCCCCAACUUGUAAUAUGGUGAUUCUCGAGGCCGGUCUACCUGGAGACACAUGGAGAUACUGCGUAGAAAGGGAACGGCUAGCUGAAAGAUCAGAAUGGUUUCGCGCGAUGCUCGUUGGUCCUCUCGCACCUGCACCCAGCGAUCCUCCGCCUCUUUUGAAACUUCAACACGUGGAAAAAAGAGCCUUCGAUUAUCUGCUCAGAUAUCUUCUCGACGAGCCGAUCAAUUUUCAAUCUGUAUCCACUGCUAGAGCAACCCUCGAUGCGGCUCAUCAAUAUCUUUGUCCAGAAUUGGCACGACUUGCUGUUCAAUAUCUCGAAAGAAAUCUGAACUCGAACACUGUGCUCGAAAUCUAUCAAGGUCUUAGUCUUUAUGCGAACCACAUAACCUCUGGUCUCAAUCGAUCGUCGAAUUUACCCACAGCUCCUCCGGCACCUGGAGACGAUGCUGGUGAAAUAGCCGCAGUCUGUACGCGACUUCUGACCGCUUGUUUGAACGUGAUCGACUCGGAACCAGAGGCGGUCUUCGACCAGGAACAUUUUGAGGAAUUGAACUCCGCCGAGGUCGAAGAAUUGGCAUGUCGUGACAGCUUGAGAUUGGCCAACGAAUCCACGCUGUUUCACGCUUUGGACAGGUGGGCAGCGUCUGAGUGCAGAAGAAACGGUGUCGAGCCAUCGGCUAGCAAUAAAAGAUCCGCUUUGUCCGAUGAUGUAUGGUACAGCGUUCGGUAUCCUCUUAUGACUGACAGAGAAUUCAUCGAAGGCCCUAUGGCAAGUGGAAUCCUCUCGAGCGAGGAGUCGGCUUAUAUCGUGGCUAGAAUUUUGGGACAUACGAGAAAUGACGAGAAUGAAGAGCUCAGAAAUUCGAUCGGUGGACCAUUACCCAGGUUAACCAGCACGCCAAGAGUCGGUGUUAGGACGUACGAGGAUCAAAGCUGCAGAAUGUCAAAACCAGGAAAGAAAGAAUGCCAGGACAAUCGAAAAAAUAGAAGAAAGGAAUGUGCAACUCAAGGCCAGAGAACUUGUGCGAGAAUUGGUAAUUGUCUCGUACGAGUUCUCGCGUGUAUUUUCGAUUGAACGACAAAGAGAGCCAAGAUAAAGAGGAAUCGAUGAAAUCGGCAGAUUCUUGAAUCUCCCACCGAAAAUUAAAUUUCUUUUUUACCGAGUCUUUUGUAACGUAUUAUGGUGUAAAACAUUCUGAUUUUUUGACUCACUGAUUUAGAUGCUAAGGAUAAUGAUUCUGCGUUGAAUCGAUAUCAAGAAUCAUUUGUUACCGUAUCACUGAAAUAUCGUUCAGAGCUUACAGAUCUCGUUUCGUUUUCAUAUUUGUUCUUUUUUUUUUUCCUUUUUUAUUUUAUUUUUGCAAAUAAUCGUUAUACAAUGACAAGAAAGCUGAAAGAGGCUGAAAUUUAAUUAUGAAUUAUAUGUUAAUAAUGUCGUUUUUCGUUAGUUUUAUAUAUAAGCUUUUAGAUAUGACGUUCCUCCUUGAGAUGAGAUAUAUUCUUAGAGUAGAAAAACGAAUUUUAUAUGAUUGAAAUGUUUUCGAAUUUUAAAUGACUGUUUUGUGGUUUACAUAUUUUAUCAUUUUCAUUUUCUUUUAUAGAGAUAUUUACUUGUUAUAUAAUCACAAUAAAUUUUGAUAAAAAAGAAUUUUUAAUUUCAAAAAUAAUACGAUGAUGAUUUCAUACAUUUCAUACAGAAAUAACAUUUGCUUGACUUUUCCUAUAGAAUAAUAAUAUUCAUGUUAUAUUGAUCUUUUUUAAAUUAUGUUGCAUAUAAAGCAAAUAUUUAUAAACUUCUUGAUAAUAGUUUAACAUUGAUAUGAUGUUGAAGAAGAAACUUAUUUGAAAAUCGUAUUUUUAAGUUAUUAUUUUAAAAUAGAUCAAUUCUAAAAAAAAAAAAAAUAUUGAUAAAAAGUAUUAUAUCUUGAAAUUCGUAUCAUUUAUAGGGUCAAAUGAUAUGAUAAUAUCAAGUAUGAUUAAUUUCAUAUCUAUUUAAAAUUUUAUUCGUUAUCUUUGAUACAAAAUUUUACACGACUUUUAAGAAUAAGUUUUCAAAAAAAUGUUUAAAAAGUAUUUAUAAUUCUAUAUAUCAAAAACUAAAAAUUCCAUACAGAUAACUUUUUUAUGUGAUUUCUUAAUUUUUUUCUAUAUUAAUUCAUAUAUUAAUAUUUUUAAUGAAAAUAAAGAUAAAAAGAAACACCAAAAAUUUUUUGUAAAAAUAAUAGUCAACCUGUAUGGAACUCUUAGUUUUUCAUUGUCACUAUUACCUGUAUCUUGUUGUAUGUUAAUGCUAUUUUCGUUGUGUUCAUAAUUGCUGUUCAAAAUAUAGUAUAGCAUUUAAAUUAUGAGUUAAAGUGUGGAACCAUGGCUGGUCCGUGUGAAUGUGCGACGUUCAACAGUGUAAAUUUCAUUUUUACAAUAAUUUUUCUAUGCGCUAUAUCAAAUUAUUGUAAACAGUAAUGCUUAGAUUACAUUUUUCACAACUAUCAUUUCUUUCAAGAUUUUAUAUGUUUAUAAUAUCUUGAACGUCCACUUCAAUUAUUUCAUUUAAAACAGCUCCGAGUUAUCUCUUUGUUAUAAUAAGUAAAUGUUGAGCUUAAAUUUUAAAGGGUAAAAUCAACUUAGAGUUAGUAUGAUUAAUAUAUUUGGUUUAAAUUUAAUAUACACUUGAUCAAUUUGUUUAAAGAAUUUCUAUAGCUAAAAUUCUAAUUUAAAUAUUCAUUUAAAAAAAUAUUAAAAUUAUUAUCCUUUAUUAGAUACAAAAAUUAUUAUCGUAUGAUUGUUAUAAAGAUAAAUAGUACAAAAUUUAAAUAUUCUUAUGCGCUUUUAAAUCUUAACAUAGUUUUUAUAUUUAUUUAAUUAUUGAACAUGUAAUGUAAAAUUUAAAUUAAUUUUAUAUUAAUACAUGAAUAAUAUAUGAAUAAUAUUAUAUUUACAUUUUUAGAUUUUUAUUCUUUUUUAGCCAAUAUAUAUAUAUUUUUCUAUUAGAAAUUAUUAGGAUUAAUUAAAAAUCAUCAAGUGUUUAUGUUUAAACCGAAUAUAAUAUAUAAUUGUUAACAUCGAAUUUUAUUAGUAAAUAUGAUAUCACAUCAUUAUAAUAGAUGUAAAAAAUCGUGAUUAUUGAAGCGAUAUUCAUCGUUUUCACGUUAAUUGUCAUAUUCGUUUAACAAGCACCUUUCGCGAGCUAAUGUCAUAAAUAGCCGCGUAGGCGUUUAUUGUCGUUACCAUUAUGUAUUAGUCAUUAAAUCUCGUGUUGCUAUUUGAUCGGUUAAAUUUUAUUCAUUGCGACUCGUAUUCAGAUUACGUUAAGAUCGAAUGUGAUUAUACGAGUAUCGCUAAGUCUAUUGUGUGUUGAAGAUUAUUUACAAAUCGAUAGAAUAUUAUAAUCUGAUUGAUUAUUUGUUCAAAUUUAUUCAAUCGAAUUGGUUAUAAAAACAAAUAAAUUCAUUUUAAAUCAUUGAUUAUUUAUAAUAGCUUCUAUAAAUUGUGUGUGAUAAUAUUUUUCAAUUCAUUUUAUAUAUUUCUGUAAACCAAGAAAAAAUUGAAAAAAAAAAUUGCAAAUGUAAUGAAUUCUAGUGAAAAUAAAAUGAGCAUAAAAAUCUUAA